AUGUCGUCGAGGAGGGGGAAUACAGCGGGAGUCCGGCGUUCAAAUGCCGCAGCCAUUGGAGGACGAGAUGAUCACAGCGAUCGGGGUCGAGCUCAGUAUGGCUAUGGGCAUGGUAUUGGGGCGAUGAGAUCUGCGGUACUGGGCCUGGCAAAGCUCCUUGUUCUACCCGCCGUCUCGGCAGCGCCACUAGGACUAUUCCGCCGCAGUGUAAACAUACUAGAGGAGGAAUCCAAACCAGCCGGCGACCCACAACUGUGGCUCUACUUUGGCGUUGCUCUAGCCCUUGUGCUAGGCGGAGGAAUCUUUGCUGGCUUGACGAUAGCACUCAUGGGUCAAGAUGAGACGUACUUGCAGGUGUUGGCGACUUCUGGUGAAGGCUCUGAGCGGAAACAUGCGGCGACAGUGCUGAGACUGUUGAAGAGAGGCAAGCAUUGGGUGCUUGUGACGUUGUUGCUCAGUAACGUCAUCACCAACGAGACCCUGCCCAUCGUGUUGGACAGGAGCUUAGGGGGUGGAUGGCCAGCUGUUCUUGGGAGUACCGUUCUCAUCGUGAUCUUCGGUGAAGUUGCACCUCAAUCAAUUUGUGUACGCUACGGACUCUCAAUUGGUGCAUACAUGGCUCCCGUCGUGUUGGUCUUCAUGUACCUGCUCUCCCCUGUAGCAUGGCCUACCGCGAAACUACUGGACUAUCUUCUCGGCGACGAACACGGAACCACGUACAAAAAGGCUGGGCUGAAGACGCUUGUGCAGCUACAUAAGACUCUUGGAACUGUGCCCGGGGAGCGCCUGAUGGAGGACGAAGUCAACAUCAUCAGCAGCGUCCUUGAUCUCAAAGACAAGCGUAUCGAUACCGUCAUGACACCAAUGCAGGAUGUAUUCACCAUGAGUGUGGACACGGUACUGGACGAGCGAAUGAUGGAGACGAUUCUAUCCCAGGGUUACUCGAGGAUACCUAUCUAUGCGCCAGACAAUCAACGAAACUUCAUCGGCAUGCUGCUCGUCAAGAUCUUGAUCACCUAUGACCCGGAGGACGCUCUAAGAGUACGCGACUUUGCUUUGGCUACCCUACCCGAGACACAUCCAUACACAUCUUGCUUAGACAUCAUAAACUUCUUCCAGGAAGGCAAGAGCCAUAUGGUGCUUGUCUCUGACGAACCAGGGACCGACCACGGCGCACUUGGCGUUGUGACACUGGAAGAUGUUAUCGAGGAGCUGAUUGGCGAGGAGAUCGUUGACGAGUCUGAUGUCUUCAUUGAUGUACAUAAGGCCAUUCGUCGCUUGACACCAGCAGAGUCCAAACGCUACCGAAUGAGCAAGGCCAACAAGCUCGUGGAGGUCGAGGAUGGAGGUAUGAUCAGCGAAUCGGAAUACGACAAAGCCGAUGGCGAACACGCACCACUACUGAAGGUCAGCGGUCCGAAGAACAGCCAAGUGAAUGGCCAGAUGCAGCAGGUACCAGGAGCCACGGCUUUUAUGAUACGUAAGAACAGCAAUGCUUCCGACAUGUCACACGAUAAUUCUAGGCCUGCGCCUAUGCGUAGCAACACCACUGAUCUCAGGCAACAUCUCAAACAUCUUGGACCUAGCAACCUGGCUACAAGACCGCGUGCGACAAAGUAUCAGAGUGUCAAGAUAAAGCCCGGUGUAGGCACGAUCCCGGAAGGGCAAGCAACGGCGACGGGUACAGACGCUGCGCGAAGUCGUUCUCUGUCCGUUGACAAGACAAACGGAGAGACUUCACCACUGCUGGAGGCGGGCAGGAAUGCAUCCGACGGCGUUGCCGCGGUACAGUCUGGCUACGGUACGAACUCCGGAAGCAUAGCAGGUCGACUACGCGGAAUGUCUGAAAGCGAUAAGAUGCCUCCGCAGGAAGCCACCAAGGUUGCCGAAGAAAACACGACUUCGCCACCGGCCGCAGAACCCUCGAAAGAGCGCGAGGAGAAGCGCCCUGAUACACUUCAAGUUCCACCAAAGCUGGUCGUACCCAGCGACGGCUACGAUGGUGAUACAGUAGGUGAAAUGGAGGGUCCAAGCCGGGAGCGAUCGAAGUCAAGAAGAGCGGCACGAUCGGGCAGUAUUACCGAGACGACGGUGGAUGUCAACGGGUUGAAGAAGGUGGUUCUGGACGCUCACUCUUCGUCUAACAGUGAUGUGGAGGACUCUCCGGCUACCUCCGCCUCGGGUAGGCAGAGUAAGGAGGGCGGGUUGGAUGGUGGCGCGGAUGCAGAUAAUGAGGAUGGAGGAUCUGGUGCUGGGUCCAGGGGUGCGGAUGGGAAGAAGAAGAAGAACAAGAAGAAGAAGAAGAAAGGUGGCGUGGGAUGGUAG